AACGGCUAGGCGCUCACCAAAUCCGAUUUGUUUAGAAGUGCUAUCUACAUUAGAACUGGCCCCAAAUCCAUCUAAUUAAUACCUUAUAAUACGGAUCAGAAAUUCAGUUCAACCCUAAAAGUAUAAUGAACUUCUGAUUUUCCCCUGAUCAGAUCAAUUCCAGUCUGCUCCAAACAUGUCACAACUAGACUCUGCCCAGCUGCCAAACGAGGCAAACGAGGUGGGGGAAGACGGUUGCUACGUCGGACUCACGCACGACAAACUCGAUGUGCAACGCACCAUGGACAGAGUGCGAAGCCCAGAGGCUGGGGCGAUUGUGGUUUUUGUCGGCACAACACGCAACAGCUUCGACGGCAAGCCCGUCAAGGAGCUAAACUACACAGCCUACAACCCAAUGGCCCUGCGCACCAUGAUUUCGAUCUGCAAGGCCAUGAAGACAAAGCACGGUCUCAAGGGAAUCGCCAUGGUGCACAGGCUGGGAGUCGUCCCGAUCUCCGAGGACAGCAUCGUCAUCGCCGUGUCAUCCCCCCACCGGCAGGCUGCCUGGAGGGCUGGCGAGGAGGCGUUAGAGGAGUGCAAGGCCAAGGUUGAGGUCUGGAAGCGUGAAGAAUUUGAGGGCGGCGAGGGAGUAUGGAGAGCCAACCGCGACGGCGCGCCCGGGCAAAGGAUUGACACGGCGGAACCCGCAGUCGGAGCUGGCAGCGGCGGGGAAAUUGAUGACUAGGAACUAUACUGUAUCUUUGCUGUGGGACUCGGGCUCGACCGACAGAGACUCUCCUCCUUGCUUAAUCCGGCGUCCUCGUUUCACCGCAGACUGCAUGGUGGAACAACUUCGACUCUGGCCCUUGGCCGGUGGUUUUGAGUUUCUGCGAGUAAUUAAUUGCACUGCAGUAGAAGAUUGUACAUAGGUAUUCUCUCAUAGAAGUUGUUCAUAGGGUCACGUCAGGGAUUGGCAACCCCCUGUUGAUUGUUGAAUCGGAGCUGGAGAUCUAGCCGGGCGGACCCCAGUUUAUCGAUAGAUAGUCACGUGGGUCAAACUCGAACAUUUGACGACACCAUCCAAAGGCGCGCCAUCGCGAU